AUGAAGGAUGCUAAGGCACUAGGUAUUAUUCAAGGGGCUGUCUCAGAUGACAUUUUCCCCAUAAUUUCGAAUGAAGAAACCUCAAAAGGUGCUUGGGACAUUCUACAUCAGGAGUUUCAUGGUGAUAAACAGGUCAGAUCUAUUAAGCUACACGGUCUGUGUCGAGAUUUUGAGUACACAAGAAUGAAGGAUGAUGAAACCUUGUCUGUGUAUCUCACUCGUUUGCUUGAGUUGGUGAAUCAAAUGAAGGGGUAUGGAGAAGAUUUAUCAGGAGGAAGAUUAGUUCAGAAAUUGCUUAUAAGUAUAACCAAAGAGUUUGAUCCAGUGUGUUAUGUAAUUGAGCAAACUAAAGACAUUGAAACUAUUGAGGUGCAAGAAGUAAUUACUGCACUAAGAGGUUUUGCUCAAAGGCUUGAUAGGCAUGCUGAGAGUACCACUGAAAGAGCUUUCAGUAGUAUGAGUGUGAAUCAGAAGGGAACCCAGUCAAGUUCUUCUUCUGGUGAUGCUAAGCCAAAAAGAACUGGAAAUCAAAAGGUAAGAAAUGGGAUUCUAAACCUCAGAACUCUGUCAAUCAAGGAGGAAAACCAGAUCAUACUAAGGGAAAAUGCAAGCAUUGUGAUAAACUACACUAUGGAGAGUGUUGGUUUAAAGGGAAGCCAAAAUGCUAUGGUUGCAAUCGAUUUGGUCACUACAUUAAGGAAUGUGAUCAAGCAAACAAGGCUGGAAAAUGCAUGUAGUAAUCAUAUGACCUCUCAUGAGUCUUUGCUUGUGAACAUUGAUAAGAAUGUGAAGUGUAGAGUUAAAAUGGAUACUGGUGAUUUGGUGCAAUCAACUGGCAAAGGCACUUUGGUCAUAGAAAUGCAGGGUGUGACCAGAUACAUUAAGGAAGUUAUGAUUGUCCCUAGUUUGGAUGAGAACCUGUUAAGUGUAGGUCAAAUGGUAGAACAUGGAUAUUGGCUUGUCUUUGGUGAUAAUAUGGUUGAUAUUUAUGGGGAUAGGCAGAUGCAGGAUUUGAUUGCAAGUGUACCAAUGAAGGGAAAUAGAUGUUUUCCUUUAAGCCUAGAAUAUGUCAAACCUUCUAUGGCUAAUAAAGUAACAGUUGAGGAGUCAUCUUGGUUGUGGCAUAAAAGGUAUGGACAUCUAAACUAUACUAGUUUGAUGCUCCUGCAAGACAAAGAAAUGGUGCAAGGUCUACCUAGAUUACAAGUCACAAAGCAUGUGUGCUCUGGUUGUGCUACAGGAAAAGGUCAUAGAGAACCUUUUGACAAGGAGAAAGUUUGGAGAGCAUCACAGCCCUUAGAACUGAUACACUGUGACAUUUGUGGUCCAAUUCAGAUUACUACUCCUGCAAGCAACAGAUUCUUUCUCACCUUUAUAGAUGAUCACACUAGAAUGUGUUGGGUAUUCUUCUUGCAGCACAAGUCACACGUCUUCAAUAUUUUUAAAAGAUUCAAGUCCAUGGCUGAACUUCAAAGUGGCUACAAAAUCAAGAAACUCAUAAGUGACAGGGGUGGAGAGUAUACUUCCCUGGAAUUUUCAAAGUUUUGUGAAGAGAUGGAUUUAGAAAAUCAAUUGACUGUAGCUUACUCUCCACAACAGAAUGGUGUUGCAGAGAGAAAGAAUCGUACAGUGGUAGAAAUGGCAAGAACAAUGAUGCAUGAGAAGAAGAUCCCAUUGAAGUUUUGGGUAGAAGCUGUGAAUACAGCUAUUUAUCUACAGAAUCGAAGUCCAACAAGUGCUUUGGACAACACAACACCAUUUGAGAAGUUUAGUGGAAGGAAACCAGGUGUCAAACACUUGAGAAUCUUUGGCUCUCUAUGCUACAUUCACAUCCCUUCACAGAAAAGGCACCAACUAGAGGAAACUGGUGAGAAGGGAGUAUUUGUAGGUUAUGGAAUUUGUGAAAAAGGAUAUAGAGUAUUCAAUUUGAGAACUCAAAAGAUUGAACUAUUUAGGAGUGUUAUUUUUUAUAAGAAAGCCAUGUGGGAUUGGGAAUCAAAUGAGGCACAAGUGGAGGUUACAAUUCCUUGGAAUGAUGAACAAAGCUUAAUGACAUCUGAGUUUGAUUCAGAAGCAAGUGACUCACCUCAGUCUGUGCAAUCUCCUAUGAGAACACAAGCUGUCAGUGACCUGCAAGCAACUAUGGAUUCAGUUACACCUGAUUCAUCAGUUUCAACCUCUAAAACUUAUGACCAUACUCCAAGGAAAUGGAAAAGUUUGGAUGAUGUGUAUGCUCAAUGCAAGAUGAGCAUCAUUGAACCUGAAAGUUUCAGUGAAGCAGUCAAAGAUGAAGCCUGGAAAAAGGCUAUGACGGAAGAAAUGUUGAUGAUAGAGAAGAAUUCAACUUGGGAAUUAGUUGAUAGACCAACAAGGCUUGUAGCCAAAGGUUACACACAGAAACCAGGGGUUGAUUUCAAUGAAACCUUUGCACCUGUGGCAAGGUUAGACACCAUUAGAACACUCAUUGCACUAGCUGCACAGAAAGGUUGGAAGCUGUGGCAAUUGGAUGUUAAAUCAGCAUUUUUGAACGGUGUGCUUGAAGAGGAAGUAUAUGUGGAUCAACUGGAUGGUUUUGUGGUUGAAGAGGCUGAAGAUAAAAUGUAUAGAUUGAGAAAGGCUCUUUAUGGUCUAAAACAAGCACCAAGGGCCUGGUAUAGUGAGAUUGAUACAUAUCUCAUUCACUAUGGUUUUCAUAGAAGCUCAAGUGAAGCGACUCUACAUGUGAGAAACAAAGAAGGAAUUGGUGCCUUGAUAAUAUCAAUCUAUGUAGAUGAUAUAGUCUACACAGGGAGUAGUACAAUAAUGAUGUAA